AUGGCCUCUGAAGAAUCUGGAGAGUACUUUUCUGUUUCCACCAUCGCGGUGAACCCGGGCAGGAUUGAUGAGGCCCAUGCCUGUCUGGCCGAAGUUGCCGAAGCGACCUUGAAGGAACCAGGAGCCAAGAUCUACAGGUUCUACAAGACUGAGGGUAAAGACGAGUUCGUCUGCAUGGAGAAAUUCACGGAUCGAGACGCGUAUGCGGCGCAUGUUAGUUCAGAGCAUGUGAGGGAAUGGGCAAAGAAGUACUUGUAUUCGGGCAUCUUUGUUGGGUCUUUUGAGUUCCAUCCUCUUGCGAAGGGAGGUCCUGGAGCUGGUGGUUUUGACCGGCCUUAG